AUGUCCACAAUGGCACAGAACCAAGGCCUGCAGGGGAAAAUCCGCCGGCUGAUUCAGAGCCAGCACGAUCAUGAGAAGCAGUGGUGGGCAGGCCGGGAGGCACUCUUGAAGAAACAGGGAGCGCGAGCCGAGAAGAAGCAGCAGCUGGAUGAGGUGUUACGUUCUGUUGGCGCUCCAAUCGAUAACAAAGUCAUCACUACACCAGAGGAAGACCGCGCUGAGGUGGCCAGGUACGAUGCAAAAGUGUACAAGGCAUCUGUGCAGAUGGCGGAGGCGUUGCAUACGGAGCUCCGGGCUCUCCAGAUGCCAUUUUUCGCCAUUAAUCGUCAUCUGGUCGUCUCAGAAGCUUCCAAGGAUGACGGGAAUAAGCUCCUAAACGCAGACACCCAAGGCACGGUAACUCAGGACGAGCUCUCGGCUCUACAGCGUCGAAUCCUCGAGUUACUUCAGGAUAUAUGCAAAGAAUGA